CGACGCCAUGGCUCAGACACCUUCGCUUGAAAUCAUCAGCAUGUCCCCAAAAUACAAUUCCCCCGCACAAAACUACAUCAGUGAAGAACGAAAGCCUCCCGGCUCCAUACAUCCGGCUGCCGCCAACGCCUGCACCGACUCUCCGACCGCCUUUCAGAAGAUUCUUGCAGAGGUGAUGGGCACAUAUGUUCUCAUAUUUGCCGGCUGCGGCGCCGCUCUCGUCGACAGAGUGACGAGGCUUACUAUUGUCGGGAUAGCGAUGGUGUGGGGGCUGGCUUUGAUGGCAGUCAUAUAUGCCGUCGGGCACAUUUCCGGCGCCCAUCUUAACCCUGCCGUCACCAUUGCCUUUGCUGCUUCCAAGAGGUUGCCAUUGACCCAAGUGCCGAUGUACGUUCUGGCUCAGUUGCUAGGCGCCACGCUCGCGUGCCUCACGCUCAGAGUGUUGUUCAACGACCAAGGCGACAUCAAUCCAACCGUAACGCAGUACUCUGCUUCGACCACAGAUCUUCAAGCCAUUGUUUGGGAGUUCAUAAUUUCUCUCAUCCUGAUGUUCACCAUCUGCGGGUCUGCUACCGAUCACCGAGCUAACAAAGGGCUCUCUGGAGUGGCAAUAGGAGUUACAUUGUUGUUUAAUGUCCUCAUUGCUGGGCCAAUUACCGGAGCUUCAAUGAACCCGGCAAGGAGUAUAGGCCCUGCUGUGGUUUCCGGAGUUUAUAAGAAUCUUUGGGUCUAUGUGGUAGCUCCUGUCCUUGGAACCAUGGCGGCAACCUUGAUAUACAGUCUUCUCCGGCAACCUGAGCCAGAGAAACCCCAGGACAGCACCAAAACCAUAUACAAUAACCCAUAUGCUGACCCAUAGAAUUCUACCGACAACCCAGAGAACCCAGAAGUUGUUCAUGCAAAAGAUAGAACGGCAUCAAGCAAGCACGCUACGACGAAGAAGAAAAGAAAAAAAAUUUGACAAUUUGAUUUCCCAACUCAAAGGCCUAGCCGCCUAGGCGUUGGAAGACCAAAAAGAGGCAAAUUUAUGUUAAUGGGCAUCGCCCAUGCCCAUUUGAUGUAUCUUAUCGAUUUCAGCAGCAAA